UAUAGCACCAAAUUAUUGACGAAUUUGAAUUUAGUUCCACAUGUCUCCGCUAGGCGAGGCGAAAUUUGAGUGCGCAUGCGCUGCGGGGUCACCGCGUGGCCCGGAAGUGGAUCUUUUUACUCCUCCAUUGAGUAAACGGAGUGAAUGGUGAUUGCUUGAAGGAAAUGGCUCUAUUGGGGAAUUUUCCAAGGCGGAGGGAGGGACCUCUUCCUCCUCGACCCCCACCUGCCUGGGACGAACACCAGGCCUACGAGGAGCUGCUGUACUGGGAUAACCUCAUGCAGGGGGGUCACCGCCUUCACCCGCAAGACUACGAGCGGUAUGAAGAGUUGCGUUAUUGGUAUGACUGCUUGUGUUAUGAAGAAGACCUCAGGCAGUACAACCAAUAUAUUGUUGAGUACAGGAAGUGGGAGGAGGAGAAUCUGCACCCAGAACUUCCACCAAUGAGGCCACCAACUAGGCCACCAAUGAGGCCACCCCCCCAGCGAACGUUUGUGAAUGAGGAUCGCUAUGUAAAGGCCAAGCACACAACUGUGUACCCAUCAGCAGAGCAGCUGGAUGCAGUGCAGAGCAUGGUGUCUAAUGUGGAGUGUGCCCUGAAGUCCGUCUCUAAUUGGUUAAAUGAAAAAGAGAGUAGUGCCGCUGAUGCUGGAAGUUUUCCUCAAAGUAAACUGCGUGGAGUUAUGAGAGUGGGCCUGGUUGCUAAAGGACUCCUGCUGAAAGAUGACAUGGAGUUAGAGUUGGUGCUGCUCUCCAGGGAUAUGCCUACCAGUUCUCUGCUCAGGCUGAUCUCUGGAAAACUAUCAGAAUUCAUAAAGGAUGUUACUGAGGAGAAAUACGUCAUCACUCCUUCGAUCCAAGAUGCUGCUAUUAUUGUUACUAGCCCAAAGGAGCCCUUUCUGAAACUGAGUAUCCAUCUGACCUCACCUGUGGUCAGGGAGCAGGUUGAAAAAGAGGCAUCUGGAGAACCGUGUGCGGAAAGCUCUCCGCAGGACGCUCUGGACAGGCAGAAAUGCCUGGCUUCUCUGGCGUCUCUCCGCCAGGCCAAGUGGUUCCAGGCUAAAGUGUCCGAGCUUGAGUCGUGUGUCAUCGUGAUUCGGAUCUUGCGGGACUUGUGUACCCGUGUUUCAACAUGGGCCCCGCUCAAAGGAUGGAUUCUUGAGCUGCUCUGUCAGAAGGCCAUCUCAACCAGCGAGAGGCUGCUCGGGCCGGGAGAGGCACUCCGGAGAGUUCUGGAGUGUCUUUCAUCAGGGAUACUACUGGAGGGUGGUCCAGGCAUUUCUGAUCCCUGUCAGCGAGACAGCACUGAUGCUGGCGCCCAUCUUACACUGCAACAGAGAGAAGACAUUACUCAGAGUGCACAGUUUGCCUUAAGACUGACAUCUUUUGGGCAACUUUACAAAGUUCUUGGAAUGGACCGCCUCAAUUCCAAAGCUGCUAGAUUUCUCGGCGAACAAAACAGAGUGACUGAUAUCCCAGUAAAGAGGCCAAGGGAAGUUUAUGAUACUGGGGAUCUUGAAAUGAGGCCAAAGUUUCCCAGAAAAGCAGAAAGGCACGAACCAGCAAAUGCUCUGAUGAAGCUGAACCAGCUGCGGCCUGGAACCCUCUACAAAUUGGCAUCACAGACUGGGCCUGAACAUGAACCUCAGUUCACAAUGGCUGUAGAGGUGGAUGGAGUAGUUUAUGAGGCUACAGGCCCCUCCAAACGCAGCGCCAAGCUUCAUGUUGCCCAGAAAGUUCUGCAAGCAUUAGGUGUGCCCUUGCCGUCAGAGGCCAAGCCUGCGGAGGAAAAUAAGAGCCAGCCUGUUGCUGCGCCUGCGGUCACCGGUUCAGAUGAAACCACUCCUACAGGCUCUGAUGACGGCACUGAGGGUGGCCCCAUCCUCACCAAACAUGGCAAGAAUCCCGUCAUGGAGCUCAACGAGAAGCGGAGAAGUCUGAAAUAUGAACUAACCUCUGUCAAGGGGCGCUUCAAUGACAAGACCUUCACCAUCGAGGUGGAGGUCGAUGGACAGAAAUUCCAGGGCUCUGGAUCAAAUAAGAAAUUAGCCAAAGCCAACGCAGCACUUGCAGCAUUAGAACAGCUUUUUCCAGAAGGUUCUCCUGCAGACCCACUCAAGAAAAAGAAAUUUCCUCCUAUGGUACAGGCUACAUUGUCUUACAACGCAGGCAAUCGAGGUAGAGGUAGAGGAAGAGGCCGAGGUAGAGGAAGAGGAUUCAACGCUGGCAAGUUUGCAGCCCAGUCUGUUACCAACUCCAGCACACCUGUUAAUCCCCAGGGGCACCAGUCUGCAGCCUCCACCAUCAGCGCAGCCACAUACCAAGCUGUACCACCACCAGUGACUGGCUAUUAUAAUCAGUACACCCAGUCCUAUUCACAGUUCAAAAAACCCCUCAAUCAGGGCCAGAAUCAGACUCAAAGCCAGAGCAAAACAACAAAUCAACAAGCUCCUCUUGUUGGACCAGACUAUGGCUACGGAUAUCAAGGGCCUGGGAGGAGUAUGGGGGGACCACCUAAUUUCAAUUAUGCAGCAUACAAUGGACCACCUGGUACAGCAACAUUCGGGCCACCUGGAACAACAAAUCAGAGCUAUAGCUUCACUCAGAGCGCCUACCCCAACCUGGGAGGCUACAGCAGUGGAGCCAAUAGCACAGACUACACAUACAGAUAAACAUAACACGUUUGGUCUCCCUGCUCAGUAGUGUAUGGAUGAUCAUUCAAACAAUUGAGAAGUCAUUUCUGUAAUUCUGUAGUGUCCUCCUGAAUUGAAACAUUCGCUCUAAACCUUUUGAGAUUUUUAUACUGUUUUGUGUUAAUUUUGCCAUUGGAACUGCACCUCGGUAACAGAAUUAGCAUGGUUUUGAUUCACCACUAGUUUCAGGAAAUAAUACAUCAGGAUGGAAGUUGUUUUUGGUCUGUGCCUAAAUGGUUGGUGUGACUCAACUGGAAAUUGUCACACAAUUAUUUUUUCCCCAAAAGGUAUAUUUAUGAACAUCCUCUUGUUUUGCUUCAUAGUUUUAAGCAGGUUUCCGAGUUUUUUUUUUUUUUUUUUGUGGGCUGAAUGUGGACCGUGAACACAGACUGAUGUUUACUUCCCUGAUACCAUUUCAGCUGUUUCUUGUUUGUAUUUUUAAGAGGUCUGAUUUGCGUUAUUCAGCUUAAUUUUGGUAUCAUCUUACACAUAGAAUGUAGCUUUUUGCUGUUAAAUAGGCCAGUGUAAAAGUUUUUGUGUUCUCUGGGGUGAAUGUCACAUCUCUGACCUGUGCAGGAAUAAAAAAUGUUUCUAUUUUUA